GCACGCACCAUUUUGCAUUUUUGCACCAAAAUUUUAAAUAACGAUAAAUAAAAGUUUUAAAAAACUUUCUGACUUUGUGUAGUUGAAGUAGGAUCAGCAGGCUCCUACUGUGCAUUAGCGUAUUAUGUGAGUGCUGAAGUGUGUUUUGCAAAGCGUGCGACGAGGUUGACGCGAGACCCCGAAUACUACGCGAGCUCCAGCUUCCAUCUGACAUCUCCGGUGAACAGGAAUGUCGGGAUCCACUCCAAAGUCCGGUAAAAAAUCUAAUAAAAAAGAUACGAAGCCCAGGAAAGAAUAUUCGUACUCGGAUGUCGGCGGAUUGACGCCGCAGAUUGGAAGUCUGAGGGAACUCGUGGAGAUUCCCAUCAGACAAAAAGAAUUAUGGCGUAAUCUCGGUUUAAAAUUACCACGGGGAGCGCUGUUACACGGUCCACCUGGGACGGGGAAAACUCUGCUCUGUCGAGCGCUAAUAAGCGAAAUGGCUAAAGACGGUGUCAGCUGUGUUGUCGUUUCUCCGCUGGAAGCCGUCAGCAGCGCUGGCUUGUCCAGCUCCGGUGAUAUGGAACCACAUCUGGUCAGUGCCUUCAACAACGCUAAAGGACGCUCGCCGUGCAUACUAUUUAUCGACAAUCUUGAGACAUUCUGCCCGAAGUUUGAGUCUGGCCACAUGACUGCGCAGGAAUCCAAAGCAGUGGGAAUGCUUGUUAAUUUGAUUGACGAACUGGACGAAGUCGACAGUUCGGUAUUCCUUAUAGCAACAUGCAUCCGCCCCGACGCCGUACCCUCCAUACUCCGCCGACCUGGCCGUUUUGAUAAAGAAAUUUACAUUCCGGUACCUGCUUCGGGACCUCAGCGUUUGCAGAUAUUCGAUGUCCUGGCGAAACAAUUGAACCAUGUACUGACCGAGGAGCAACGAACGGAGCUCUGCCAGGGUCUGCAUGGUUUCGUUGGCGCUGAUAUUGCGGCACUGUGUUUUGAGGCGGGACUACAAACCACCAGACGUGUUUUGAAGACACCGGAAGAAAACCGAUUACCAGAGGACUGCAGAAUUCACUACCAAGAUUUCGUACAUGCCAAACAGUUCAUAAAACCAAGCGCUCUUCGGGAAGUGCAAAUUGAAAUACCAAAAGUUCAGUGGAGAGAUAUCGGUGGUCAGGAAGAGAUCAAGCGCCGUUUAAAGGAAUCGGUGGAAUUACCUUUGAAAUAUCCACAAUUAUUCUCGGAAAUGGGCAUUGUUCCUCCUCGCGGUAUACUGUUAUUCGGUCCUCCCGGUUGCUCCAAAACCUUGAUCGCGCAAGCAGUUGCCACAGAAUCUGGACUGAAUUUCAUUGCCGUGAAAGGUCCUGAAUUGUAUAGUAAAUGGGUUGGGGAAUCCGAGCGGACAUUGAGAGAAAUUUUCGAUCGCGCCAGAACAUCGGCACCCUCCGUUAUAUUUAUCGAUGAGAUUGAUGCCAUAGCUUCGUCGCGUGGCACCGCUAAAUCCGGCAGCAACGUAGGCGACCGAAUUUUAGCCACUUUCCUUAACGAGAUGGAUGGCGUGGAAUCCAUGGCCAAUGUAGUCGUAAUUGCGGCAACCAAUCGACCGGAUGUGAUAGACAAGGCGCUUAUGCGACCUGGCCGGCUGGAUCGUAUUAUAUAUGUCCCUUUACCUGAUGAGUUCUCGCGACGGGAAAUAUUUCGUGUACGGUUUCGAAAGCUUCCCGUAAGCAGUGCCGUCAGAGACCAGAUGGACGAGCUGGUUAGAAUUACGGCAGAAUUUUCGGGCGCCGAGAUCACUGCACUCUGUCAAGAAGCUGCACUUUUGGCUCUUGAUGACUUAAUAGGAACCUCUGAGCCAGUCGAAAUGAAAUCGGAACUGGAAAUCGGUUUUGGUAAUAUGCAGAUCGCUGAAUCCGAUAAGAAAAAGGAAAAAUGCCCGAUUCCGGGUGAAAAGGCCCCGUGUACUGUUGAAAUGGAACAUUUCCAGAGAGCGCGGCGGUUGGUUAAACCCCGAACAACAGCCAAGACCGUACAAUAUUAUCGAGAAUUUGCCGAAAACAGUGCUCUUAAUGUGGAAUGAGACAAUCCGGAAACUUAUAUUAACCAGAUUGCAUUCAUUUUUACCUGUGAAAGAUAUAUGUUUGGCUAAUAGCUUUGCAGAACCUUACCUUGUUAAUUAUAUUUUUCUGGAAUUUUGUAAAUUUCUGUCAUAUAUACUGAUCACGUGG